CUGGAUAUUGCAUGCUUCUCUCCUCUUAAAUAAGCACCCUUCACGCACAUACCAUUUUUGAAACCCUUUAUUCUCUGUCAUCUCCUCUGCUUCUAUUCUGCAUCCCCCUUCUCUCUCCUCUGCAUUCCUCUGUUUUUGCUCAUGCCCUCACCGAUGAAAGCUGGAUUUUCACGACCCACAGAUUUUUACUUCUAACUUUCGAGUGCGGGCACGGGCACGGGCUUUUGGAUUUCGAAUAAACACUCCGGAAGCCCUGAACUAUGCCAAAAUAAGAGUUCAAGAAGAGGGGUGAAAUAGAAUAGAAGAAGUAAGAAAUGGCAUUAACGCGUAGUAACGUGAAAGAGUUUAUAAGCGAUGGCGAGGCAUCGCCUAGGGCGAUUCUGGAAACCCCUGUUUCGGAAACAGAGUCCGAGACAGAUACGUCGAUAGAGAGCGGAAAAGACGGUUACAUGUUGCCAUGGAAGUCUAUGGUUGACGUUUUCAAGUUCAAGUCUGUGCGAAAAUUAACUUCCAUUCCUUUGCUUUCGGUGAGCCAUGAUAUCUCUCGGAAGGGUUUGACCAAAAAACUGGCUCGUAUUCGAAGUGCCGAAGACGGCAUUGAUAUUGGAGAUAUUCCCGCCAAACCCUCUUGGAGAAACUUUGAUUAUGAAGAGUUAGCAGCUGCUACUAAAGAUUUCAGUGCUGAGAACUUGGUUGGGAAAGGUGGUCAUGCUGAAGUGUACAAAGGGUGUUUACCUGAUGGUCAAAUUAUAGCAGUAAAGAGGCUAAUGAAGAAUGAAAAGGACGCUGCAGAUAGAGCUGGUGAUUUUUUGACAGAGCUAGGGAUUAUUGCACACAUAAACCACACAAAUGCAACGCACCUUGUUGGGUUUGGGGUUGAUGGAGGCCUCUUCUUUGUCCUGCAAUUAGCUCCGCAUGGAAGUCUCAGUUCUUUGCUUUUUGGUUCUGAAGGCAUGGACUGGGAAAAACGAUUCAAGGUAGCUGUUGGAGUGGCUGAUGGAUUGCAUUAUCUCCAUAAAGAGUGUCCAAGGCGAAUCAUUCAUAGGGACAUCAAGGCCUCCAACAUCCUACUAAACGAUAAUUACGAAGCUGAGAUUUCAGAUUUUGGACUGGCAAAGUGGCUUCCAAACAAAUGGGCCAACCAUGUUGUCUUCCCAAUAGAAGGCACAUUUGGGUAUUUGGCUCCGGAGUAUUUUAUGCAUGGAAUUGUUGAUGAGAGAACUGAUGUAUUUGCAUUUGGAGUUUUACUGUUGGAGCUCAUAACUGGCCGUCGUGCAGUUGAUUCAGAUAGUAGGCAAAGUCUUGUCACUUGGGCGAAGCCACUGCUAGACACACGCAAUGUAAAGGACAUAGCAGACCCCAGAUUAGGAGAGGCAUAUGAUCGUACAGAAAUGAUGCGUGUCAUGGUGACAGCUUCGAUGUGUGUCCACCAUGCAUCCUCCAAGCGGCCAUUCAUGAACAAGGUUGUGCAGCUGCUAAAGGGUGAAGAGGCAAUUAUAGACAUUAAGCAGACAAUUGAACCAAAAUCUCAAUUGUUAGAGGCAUGUGACCUAGAAGAUUAUACUUGCUCAAGUUACCUGAAGGACAUGAGUCGCCACAUGCAACUGAUCAUGGAGUGAUCCUUCUUCAGUAGUGAGAUUUGUUGUAGGAAUGGAGUGAUAUUUAUAUAGCAGUGUGAGUGGUUAUAUCCAAAGUCACAAACCCAGCAGGGCUUGUUAUUUAGCAUCAACUUGUAGUGAGUAUUGCUAAAGAUGCAACUCAGUUUUUGACUUUGGAUUAUUGCUGAGAACCAUGGUUUUCUCAAGCAACAAUUUAAUGUAGAAAUGUUGCGCAGCGGAGUUAGGAUAACUUGUUUACUCUGCAGCGCCUUUCAGACAUUUUCACCCAUACGUAAAUAUAGUCUCCAUCAAUUAU